AUGCCGGCCUACCACUCUAUCUUCCUUGAUGAAGCCAAUGUGCAGACCAUAGGGAACUUCCCUAUUCUUCCCCUCCGCACCCGCACACGCGGACCAGCAUAUACACUACCUCUACUUCCCCCAGGAUCAUCCGACCUCGAUAUCGACCCUGACAGUGAAUCGUACGACUGCCUCGAUGAAGUCCUCUCGCUAUACCGUGCCAAUACUUUCUUCCGUAAUUUCGAAAUCAAAGGCCCCGCGGACCGUAUGAUGAUAUACGGCAUAUUAUUUGUGAGCGAGUGUCUUGGUAAAGUUAAACCGAACAUGUCUUCAAGAGAAGCAGAGAAGGCACUUAUCAACGCUUCCCUCGACCACUUUGCCAUACCGGGCGACGCCGCCUUCCCUCUUAACCAGGCGUUUGAGCCUCCAAAGGACCGCCAGGAUGCUGAGGCUUUAAGACAAUACAUAUCCCAAGUGCGACAAGAACUCGCAAUUCGACUACACACCAGAUUAUACCCAGGGGGUGAAGGGCCAUCCAAAUGGUGGCUAAGCUUUUCGAAACGGAAAUUCAUGGGGAAGUCCCUGUAG